AUGCUGUUCGCAAUCGUCCUGGCUUCGACUCUUGUCGCUUCCGUUUCGGCUCAGACGUGUGCUAAUGGUCAAGGGCGUACGACAAACGACUUUCAUCAAAAGUGUUGAUGAAGCAUUUCUGUUUCAGAAUGUCUUAGCACCAAAGUCAACAACAUGGACAUCUACUUCUGUCCGGAAGGAAUGGCGUGUCUGAAGAAUGCGACGUGCUGCGAGUACGCCGAUAUUCAAGUCUCCACCACCACCACUACAACCGCUGCUUCUACCUCCAGUACGUACGGCUUAUAAUUAGCAAAUGAUCAUGCAAGCUAUCAUUUUAGCGUGCGUUGACAAGUUGAACCCAUCCACCGGAGUGUCGGAUUGUCCGAAGAACGCCAAUCUUUGCAACAACUCGGUCUACUACGACCUGAUGACUGACGUGGGUCGCUCGCACACUGAAAAGCGUUAGUCAAACUUUCAUAAAUUGUUGCAGCAAUGCCCAAAGACGUGUGGGAGAUGCACUGGAAGCAACACGAACAACAACGGCGGAUCGACGAGCACCUGCGUUGACAAAGUGAACCCAUCGACCGGAGUGUCCGAGUGUGCUGCCAAAGCCUAUCUUUGCACCAACUCCGUCUACUUGAGCCUGAUGAAGGAUCAGUGUCCGAAGACGUGCGGCUUUUGCUAA